AUGUCAGACGAAGAAUAACCCCAAUGUGAUUAUCAAAAGUUCCUUAAUUAAUUACAUACAGUUAAAAAAAUGGAUGAUGUUGAAGUCUUAGAUUCAAGUGAUGAAUUUUAAAUGGAAAAAAAUGAGACUUAAUACAGCUAAUAAAAUAUUUACCAUUCAGGAUUGGAUGAAUUUGUUAUUCCACCUAAAGAACAGGACUCAGUUUCAAUAGAUACUAAACCAUACGAAAGUACAUAAAUUGUUAAACCUAAGAUUCAACCUGUCUAAGUAUGCUGUUUAAAUUUUAAUUAGUUACCUCCUUUAUCUAAAAAGAUAAACAAAGCUAUAGAAAGAAAAUUUUGUUUUAAAAAUGUGGAAAUCAAUUAAUAGUUGUUAAAAUAUGAGACUGUUUUUUAUGAAAUUGAAAGUUAUAUUGAUGAAAAUGAUAAAGCACUUGUUAUUAGAUAAUAUUCUGAUUUUGAAUGGCUAUUCGAAGAGCUUGUUGAAAACUUUCCAGGUAUAAUUAUACCUUCGAUUCCUUAAAAGAAUAUGUUAGCUAAAUUCAAUAUAACAGGCUAUACAAAUUCUAUUAGAUCUUAGCGAUAAAAAGGACUUGAGGAAUUUUUAAGAAAAUGUUUAAGUCAUGUUUAAUUGAAGGAUUGUGAAAUAAUUGAAAAAUUUAUGACAUUAUAGGAUUAAGACUUUAAAAAACUUGUUUAGAAUUAUUAAACAUAAAAAUAAUAGAAAUUAUUUAUAAAUGUCAGUAAAAAUAUGGUAGUAAAUGCAUUUGGAAAAAUUGGAAAUAUCUUUUUUAGUAUUUUUUAUUAAUUAUAUAUAAUCAGAUGCAUAAAAUAAUGACAACGAAAUGGAAAAAUAUUGCUAAAUUGCUGUGUAAGAAAUCAAUAUAUAGAAAGUUAAAAUUAAGAAUAUUAAAGAUUAAUUAGAAAAGACAUUUCUUAAUAAAUUUGAAUAGAGUAAAUAAUUUAUGAAAUUAUCUACUUUAUUUGAUGAAAUUUAAAAUGAUAUAGGAUAUAAAGAACAUAUGAAUUCGAAAUGUGAAACUAUAUCAUUAGCAUUAAGAGAUUCAUUUACUAAUGUUAUGCCAAUAAUCUAUACAAUUGAUGUAAUAAUAUAUUGAAAAUUAGGCUAGUAAUACUUAUUAGAUAUGGAAGUAGUUUUGAAUAUUGUCAAAUAUAGAGCAGAUUUAUAAUAAUUGAUAACUGAUCAUGCAGCUGCUUUAACAAGUGCUAAAUAUACUGUAUUAUAUAUUAUUUAUUUAAAAGCCUGAAUAAUAAGCAUUAAUAUAGACAUAAUUGAAUGAUCAUUAAAAAAACAUGAGUAAAUUUGUUGAAAAUUUUAAAGAUGAAUAUGAAAAAUUUACAGAUUAAUACAAUAAACAUUUUAAUAAGAUGAUGCAGACAGUAUUACAAGUGUGGCAACAAAUCAAUACUCAAAUGUAAGAAACUUGGCUUUGA